CCGUGUGAUACUUUGUUUCUUUGUAAAGAUUAGAAUAAGCCAUUAGACAAUGCAGGCGUCCAGCAGUGACGACCCCAGCUACAGCCAGAGUUCUCCACCGGGAGGACGUCGAGCUCAAUGGAAAGGGGUCUACAGCGGGAGAUGGGGGGUCGCGGGAAGUUCUUCAUUCAGUGGCGUGCAGUCAAAUCCCGAAGACCCAUCAGGUGGGGAGGCCAAAAAAGAAAACCGAGUAAUCGUCCUGUACCUGGAUCUUUCCUUUCUUUUACUUCUAGAGUUGAAGAAGAUGAGUAUGACGAGGGGCUGCUUGCUGUGCAUCAAGAUAACCAUGUUCAUCUUUAAUCUCAUCUUCUGGCUCGGAGGAUGUGGGAUCCUUGGUGUUGGGGUCUGGCUGGCUGUCACCCAGGGGAAAUUUGCCACCCUCUCCAUCUCAUUCCCGUCGCUGUCGGCCGCCAGCCUCUUCAUGCUAACCGGCUCCAUUAUAAUGGUGGUGGGAUUCAUUGGCUGCCUGGGAGCGGUGACGGAGCACCGCUGUCUCCUGCUCACAUUUUUUGUGGUUUUGCUCAUUAUCUUCCUGCUCGAGAUGAUCAGCAUGAUUCUCUUCCUGACUUACAAAGAAGAGUUUCACAAUUACGCUCAGGAAGACCUAAAGAAAGGACUCAAACUUUAUAGAACCGAUGGGAAUCUGGGACUGACGAAUGCCUGGGACAUUGUCCAGACAGAGUUCCGAUGCUGCGGAGUAAAGAAUUACACGGACUGGCUCGAUGUGUGGAACGCGUCUUAUGUUCCUCAUUCUUGCUGCUCGGAACACCACGAUGACUGCCAUUCCACCCCCAGCAGCUGGUGGAGAGACCCCUGUUACAUGAAAGUGAAAGAAUGGGUCGGACAUAAUAUGUCUUCAGUCGGGAUAUUUGGCAUCUGCAUUCUCGUUGUGCAGGUCUUUGGCCUGGUCUUCUCCAUGCUGAUGUACUGUCAAGUCCUCAAGGCUGAAUUAUAUUAUGAAUGAAUGCAGCUACCUGCAAUUCCUCCUACAAACUUUUCCUUGGCGCUUCGUCCAUGUCCUUUGUGAGUUUUCCACAAAUGCACCAAGAUGAGAGAAGGUUCCUUCAUUCUGCUUCUACCUACUCAAGACUCUUAGGUGGUCCAAAGCCCUUUCUCUCUGCCCACGAGCUUCUCACCCUUCCAAUAACUCUCAACCAAGCUUAGAACCAUCAUUGGGAUAACUACAUCGACAAUAAUCGUACUUCAUCUACUGCAUCUAACAGAGGGACGUCUUUAAGCAGCUCCGACGUUCAUGUAGAUACACCGAACCCAUCGAUACAGGAACCAGGCUCUUCUAGAAUGUUUUGGGGACUUGUUGUCUUUUGAGAACGUUCUGAGAAGUUAAAUUCUGCAUCAACAAUCAGCAAUGGUCAUCCCAGAAUAAUGCGCCGUGUACUCUAUGUGGACGGGGGGAAAAAACGGACAUCCGGUGGCUUAUAUCUAAUCACAAUAAGGACCUUUUUCACCAGUGGUAGCUACAGCAAUAAGCGUUAAGAAGCCUCGGCAUCUGUGGGUCGCAGCACCCAACAGCCUUCUACACCUUCUAGAAUUGUAAAAUAUACCUAUCCGUAGUCCUACGUGCCUUUUGCUUCUAAAAGCUGGUGGUUUUUAUAUUGUAGUCCAACAUAUCAUAUCUUACAGUGCUUAACACGAACCUUUACACCCAACUCCAUCAUUUAUAACGUAAAAUAACUUAUCGAAAAGUAGCUCUUAGCUGGAGUUUUUGUUAUUUUAGUAUUUGUGCUUUUGACUUCUAUUUGAGGCUUUAAUGGUAAGUAAUAUCUUUUGCGGGGGUUUGUUACAAUAUUGUUGCAAAAAGUGCCAACGUUCUCAUGCGUUCUAGAGGUGUCCUGAAACAUAUAUAUAGGGGCAUAUAGAGCGCCGAGUGUCUACAGAUUUUUAUUUUGGGGGGAACUAAAUUCAAAUUUGGAAAACAAUGGAGUAAAUUGAGUAAAUAUUGGUCCAGCAUGGGAUUUAAAUCAGUAACUCAAGUGAUUGGAGUCUCGAUUGUUUUGAUGGAAUGGCGUCAAGGUCUCCCCUCUUUCCUUACAAUGCGGAUUCAUAGAAAUAGGGGGCAUUAUGAUCGUUUGUGAAUUUAUUUUCUGUUCAUGUUGUAUAAAUGUUUCUUUCCGUUGAAUGAUGUGUAGGGGAUUUAGCCGGCGGUUCUAUGAUCUGAAAGGUCAUGCGCCUUCUUGUGCUUUAAGGGACCUCUCAUAGCAUAUUCUUGUUCUGGGAUUAUAUCGUUGUGAUUUUUGCCUCCUUUACUCCGUAUUAUUUUUUUAAUCAUUUUUGUUUUAAAGUGUUUAAUGGUUUAGGAAUAAUUUUGCUUGGGCAGAUGUUACUUUCUUCUUAUUAGGGACCACAAGAAAGAAACAUCGGGGUGAUUUUAUUAGGUCAUUUAAUUUAGGCUAAAAAACACCCCCAAUUUUAAAUACAGCGCACCUCCAGAAGCUGUUUGACACCAAUGACAUACGGGAUCAUACAGAAGUUUUUGAGUCAUACAAACAGCUGUAAAAACAUAUUAAACACUAAAAAAUAAUGCAAUUAUACUCCAGUAGUGGAAAAGAUGGAAAACAUGCUAU